AGGGAAUCAGUUUAUUGUUGUUGAGGAUCCAAGGUACCGGCUCCUCCACGUCAUUCUGUGUAUAUUUACUUUGUAAAGUUUAUUAACAUUGAUUUGUUUAGUGCACUUGGAAGGACGUUAGAAGCCGAAGCCUUUUCUUGUUUUAAAAAUGAAUCCAUCAACUGUGAUUUUAAUUUUAUUUAUUUUAUUCAUUGACUCUUCCAUGUCGGGGGAACUUACUUUCGAGCUUCCUGAUAAUGAAAAAAUGUGUUUUUAUGAAAAUGUUGAACAAGGGGAACAAGCUACACUUGAGUUUCAGGUCAUUACAGGGGGUAACUAUGAUGUUGAUAUGGAACUUACAGCUCCCAAUGGCCAGGUUUUGUAUAAAGACAUUAAGAAACAGUAUGACAGUUUUACAUGGACAGCGCAGCACAAGGGCAUCCAUACUUUCUGCUUCUCCAACGAGUUCUCCACCUUCACCCACAAAAUUGUUUACUUUGACCUGGAGGUGGGAGAUGAGAAACCUGCGGUAGAGGAGAUGGGAGACCACCAGACUGCCAUGACUUUGAUGGAAACGUCUUCUGUCAAUAUUUUUGAAAGUCUCAAAUCGGUUUUGGAUUACCAAACACACCACAGACUCAGGGAAGCUCAGGGUCGUGCCUUUGCUGAGGAUUUGAACGAGAGAGUCCUGUACUGGUCUAUUGGAGAGUCCCUGGUUAUCAUUCUUAUUGGCAUUGGCCAGAUUCUGGUGCUCCGCAGUUUCUUCACCAACACACACAAGACCUCAGCUUCAACUGUCAGAGUUUCUUAAUGCUGACAGUUGAGUAUAUACCCCACUAUUUGUCCUUUUUGUUUCCUUUAUUUAUGGUUCCAUGUUUUGUGUGUUCAUCUUUCAGCCACUAAUCUAAAGUUAUGAUAAUGUGCAUGAUUUGUUUAUCACCAUAGACCUACCUAAACAUCUGCUUGUACAUUAUCCUGACAUUGACCUAUUUUAUUUAUUUUUGCUCAGGGUAAAUGGGAUAUGAUAGGGUGGAUUUUCUAUUUGUUAAUAUACAAAAUGUCCGUGAUUAGUUAGCAUAAAACAUAAGCCCAUUGUUCAUUUCAUCUUGAUUUAACUUCUUGGUUUCUGAACAGAACCUUCUGAUAAUCUAAGUCCAUUGUUUUAGCUAUCAUUAAACCCAAAUGGCAAAUAGUUUAAAAGCUUUAAUGAGUGUUUGUUUUGUACUGCAUGUUAUGUGAUAGUCUCAUUUUUCUCAUUAGGCUGGGUGUUUUUGUGUUUUUUUUUUAUUCCUUGGCUUUGGUAUAUAUUUCCUCCUUUUCUGUGAUUGGGUUUAUAGAUAAUAAUAACAAAUAAAUAUACUUAUUUACAAAUUAAUAGCUCUAAGCAUUUAGUCACAAUAAAAAAGGCUAAAAAUUAUUUUUAGUUACAUAAAUUCAUUGCUGAAUCAAUAAAUAUACAUGGUGGUACAUGAACUCAUGAACAUUGAAAUAAAUUUAAAAACAUUAUUUCUUAGUUAUUCAUAAUUUCAUGUAUUAAUUUAAUGUAUUAAAAGUAUCCUAUUCAAAAUUUAGGGAAAAUAAUAAUGGUUUGUAAUUAUUGUAAUGGGAAUCAAAACAUUUUCUGUUCAUCUUUUCCAUGUAGGCCAGGAAAUUACUCUUGAGUGAGCUGUCUUAUGUGUUUUAGUUUCAUGAAAAAAGAACAAUUGCUGAAUUUUAACUAUAGCUUGUACAUAAUAUCUUCAAUAUUAUAAAUAAAUAAGCUAAACUAAUCAUAAGUCAUCCAACUGGUUAAUAAUUCAAUUUUUCCAUGACUCCUAACCUUUAAAGUGAAGAAUAAAAUAUUCUAUUUACCGGUACCUCCCUUCUUUUUCAACCUGAUUUAGACUCAUUUAUUUAUUGAUCAUGUUUGCAGAUCUUUUUUGCAUUGCCACAUAGAAUCCCCACAACAUUCUGAUGUGGCAAACUUUUUAUUUUAUAUUAUUUUUUGGAGAAAGCAUUGCAACAUUAGAAAUGUCUUGUAACCUAUAUAAACAUUUAGCCAUUUACAUUGUCUACCUUGGUUCUAUUACAUAUUCCAUUGUAUUAUCCAUAAAAUUGUAAGUAAAUUUAGCUUGCUACUCUUAGAAAUUUUGCUAUUUUUAUGCUGACUAAAGUGUGAUGAAUCAAAAAUUUGAUCAACAUUUGGGGGGGGGGGGGGAGGGGGAAAUCCAGUAUGGACUUCAUCCAUAGAUUGCUUCUUAUAUUAUCUUCUAAGCUCCUGAUGCAGGUCAUUAUGCAUUCAAGCUUCUAUAUUAUAACAGUGUUUAGUAGGUUUUUUAAAGGUGAAUUGUGAGAUAUUUAACCCCUGAGAUUGGAAUGAAGGCAGGCAUUUGAAUCAUUGUAGUAAAAUCAUUCUUCACAAGAGACAUAGCUUUAGUAAUCUGAACUACAUUUGUAUAGAGACAGGAGCACCUCAAGAGGAUAUUAUAGUGUGGCUUGAUGGAGACGAAUGUUGGUACAGUUUUAGUAACUUAUUUUGCUAUUGCUUGGCUAAAACAGUUUCAAAAAAUUAUCUCCCUUCCUGAGUUAUUUCCCCUGUUCUUGUAUAUCUGGUCCUGAUAUUACACAUGGUACGUGUUAAUGUUUGUAAUUCACUAUCAGCCAUUAUUAUCCAUGUGUGUAUAUUCAUGUAUAUUAGAACUACUCAAAAGUACCAUGAAAUAAGCAGACUCCCUUUAGAAUCAUAAAUUAUACAUGUAAGUGAUUUAGGCUUCAUUUAGAGUUUCUUUCAUGAUCAAUUAGUAGAAACUUACUUCAGAAUCUCAUCAUGGUAAAAAACUGUUGAAGGACCCUGAGUGUUUAGAACAGUGGUUCCCAAACUUUUUCCUUAACCGAACACUUUGCUCAUUCUGAGUGCUCGAGAGACUAAGUACGCUUGAACUUAGCUUGGCUACCUAUGAAAGGGGCUUGAGGUUCGAGCAGAGUUGUAUUUACUGAAUGCCUAAAGGCAGCACAGAAAACCUCCCAGAUAUCUCCUCCCCCGCCACACACACUGGUCCACACAUGAGAUUGGACCAUAGCGCUCUGAGCAUGCUUUAAGCAUGAGAGUAGCGCUAUAUAAAAACUAUAAUUAUUAUUUAUUUAGCAGAACACUUUGCUUAUUUUUUUUUUAGAGAUUAAUUCAUGUGGUAGCCUACUAGAUAAUUAUUCCAGUAGUUCGUGGAACACUUAUUAAGGCCUCACGGAACACUAGGGCUCUGCUGAACACAGUUUGGGAAACACUGGUCUAAAACAGAUGUUGACCAACAGGCUAGUGCUAGGGCUAACGUGUUUCAUAUGGUGUAUACAUCUUGAAACAAAAAAGCAUAUCAACGUUUGAUCCAAUCAUGUUUGUGAAUGCAUCCAUUUAGUUGACAAACCUCAUAUUAAUUGACUUUCUCAUCAAUUUAUUAAAAUUUCUUCAUCUAUUAAAAUUGAGCCUUAUGAAUAGUUGUUAAUUUACCUGGUCUAAUUACAUUUAAAAAUACUCAAAAAUAUAUCUUGUAUAGUUUGUUAACAAGAAGAAAAUUGUUCUUUUUUCAAUAGAAAAAAAAAAAUUGAGCCAAAUACAGAUUUUAAAGCUAAAACAAAAAUAUAGAUUUGCAUUCUUAAAUUUUCUGUAAUAUACUGAUAAAAUCGUCAUAUUUUUUUUUAGAUAUUCUAUAUAUAUCGUGCUUGUUAAUUUUACUGUAAACGCAAAGUACUGGUAUUCUUAAAUGCUAUAUCUGGUGCAUUACAGAUAAAUUUAUUGAUGCUGCCAUUUAAUACUUUUUUUUUUAGUUUACUAUAAAUUGAUUUCAUUCUUUCUUGUUUUUCCUUCAUAGUCAAAAUUGUCUGAUGAAAUCAAAGUAUACAAUUGUAUAGUAAGAACUUUUCUUAUGGUUAUAUGUCUAAAGCCUAUCUGAGUUGGGCUUGAUGUGUAAAUUAACUUAUGUUACAUUCAUAGAAACAUCUUUCGGCGUCAGUUGUUACAACAGUACCAGUAAUUAGUUUCUAUGUUCCUGAACAGGGAGAGGAUGACUUUUAGUCUACCAUGGGAUUUUGUUAUUGCUAUUGUUAAGUUAAUGAUGUUCAUUCUCAAGUGUAGAUUAGGCUGGCUGUAUAUUUUUUGCAAAAUUGAGGGUUUGAUGGCUGCAAAAGCUUAACCCUUAUGUCCAAACAUGUAUAUCAUCUUACUUAAAUUAGUAUUGGUUGUCUUGUUAUGUCAUGAGGACUUUCUUCUGACUUCUUGGUCAUCAUCUUGGAUCUUCAUCUGUCAGUGACUAUUUCAUUGUGACCUAAAUGUUGAAAGUGUUACUUCAAAACAGUCUACAUUAACUUGUUAAAUGCUUUAGUGACUUGUGUGUAAAAGUGGUGUGUUAAGUUAUUUUGCUUGCUUGAGGAAGGAAUUAUCCAGCAGCAGCCUAAAUAUUAGUUUUCUUUAGUUACAUUGUAUACACAAAUUAUAUUCAAUGAAAACAUUUAUAGAAAAAUGUAAAAUAUUGUAACCCAACUUUGUGAAUGAACAAGAAAAUGUUCCAUCAUGUUGCCUAUGUUUAUCAACGAGAAUCUUUAGUCUUUGAGAUCAAUAAAAUGGCAUCUUUAUUUUGUAAGAUGCUUUAGUAAGGUU